AUAUCACAUUUACAUGUAUAAAUACACACAUUUAUAGGCAGUAACUGUAUUAUUAAAGAUCGGCGUAGAGUUAGAUAGAAUUUAGAGUUCAAAAUACAAGGCCUGAAAAUUAUAGUUGUAUGAGCUGAAAAUAUAUGAUCGUGUAUUGAUUUGUGCGUUCAACGAUAUAUAUGUGAUUGUAAAACGUAUAGCGUUUAGUUUUAUUUGAUUUAUUUUCAUGUGAAAGAGCCUGUUGACGACUAAUCUUUAAGGAAUUAUGCAGGCAGUGACAAUCAGAUAGAUAAUGUCAACGACAGACGUCACUUUGCACGAGAAGAUAAGACUUGUUGACAAGGUUACCGAAGAAAGUAAAGGGGACGACAGGUUGCACGAAGAAAAAAGUCUCCAGGACUUAGCAGCAACGAAUGACAAGAGAAAGGAGGAGGCAAAUUUAUACGAUGACAUAAAGGUUGAUGACGAAAAUAAAGUUUCUUCGCCUCACAUAAGAAGUAGUCUAGAUGGCGACGAUGAGGACGCUGCGAAUCAACGACAUGAAAGUCAUGGAAAACGAAAAUGGUUCUGUGUCAUCGGUUGUGCAAUUGCACAUUUCGUCUUGGGAGGAUUUGAAAGAUCGAGCGGAGUGCUGUAUCUACACAUUGAAAAGAAGUUUGGAAAUGGUGCGAGUGAUAUUGCCUGGGUGAUAUCUCUUAGUGUUACCCUGAAGCUGUUAUUUGGUCCAGUAGCCAGUAUUCUUUGUACGAAGUUUACUCCGAGAUGUGUUGUUGUGAGUGGUGCUAUUUUGUUUGGGAUUGGUUUACUGAUUUCAGCAUUUGUUCCCCAUUUUGUAAUUUUGUACAUCACCUUCGGAGUUAUUACAGGUAUUGGCAAAUCACUUGCUUACCAGCCAGGUCUAGUGGUGGUUGGCCAGUAUUUUAAAAAGAGAAGAGGAGCAGCUGUCGGUUUGGCAACAGCUGGUGGCGGGAUCGGCACAUUGGUCUUACCACCGUUGUUUGAGACAAUGAUGAAUCACUAUGGGUUUUCUGGUGGACUCAUGAUAAUUUCUGCCAUUGCAUUACAUAUGUGCAUCAGUGGAAUGUUAUAUAAAUCACCAACAAGGAGAAAGCUACAUAGACAGUCACUUAUAUCACAUUCAUGUGAACGUUUUCACGACAGCAGACUCUUGAAUAGCAGUGAUUCAACAGAGUGCCAAAUAACGGAAACAGAAGAACAAAGUAAAAAAGCGCCAAACAAAUAUCACAAACUAUGGAUAGGAAGGUGUCUAAGAUCUUGUAAUACUGUUAAAGACAAAGAAUCUUCCAGUAAAAAGUUAGAUUUUUCACUUCUCAAAAGACCGGAUUUUCUAAUGUUCUGUGUUGGAAUAAGUUUUCUAGCUUUAUCGUUUAACUCUAUGUUAGUAUUCAUUCCACCUCUUGUAAAAUCCAGAGGUCUGACUGGUAUAGAAGGGGCAUAUGUUAUGUCAGUUGCUGGUAUUUUCGAUACUAUUGGACGAAUAGCUUCCGGUUUUAUAUUAGAAAUGAAACGUCUGAGAAAUUUCCGAAAACUAUUAUACAAUACUGUUAUGUUCAUGUUAGCGCUUGUGAUUUUUUCCCUUCCAUUUACAGUGACGUUUGUUGAAUUUUGUGUUGUUGCCGCCAUAUUUGGAUUGCUUAUAGGAACAUACACUUCUCAGAAGUCCGUGAUAUUAGUGGAUAUUGUCGGUUCUGAAGCUCUAAAUAGUUCGUUCGGAAUACUGAUUUUCUUUCAAGGAGUUGGAACUCUAAUAGGUCCACCAAUAACAGAACAUUCAUCACGCGAAGACCAAGAUGAGAGGACAAGCGCCUGAUUAGGCAUACACCCAUCAAGCAGUAUUGUAAGGUGUAUUUAAAGAUGAAUAUAAUUCCUAUGCUGACGGAUUUUUCUUUAUUGGAUCAACGACAUUCAUUGGUGCUUUUAUUUUAUUGCUUAGCAACACUGUAAAAUGUAACAAAUGUAAACCAGAAUUCUCUAUCAAAUAAACGAGUUUUAACAUA